AUGGAUAUAUUGACAUAUGGAUAAAAGGAAUUAAAGGAUGUAAUAAACUAAUUAGAAGAACAAUUAAAGACAGUUCUUAUACCUUUUUAACAAAUAGAAAAAUAGAAAAAUACUAAUAAAUUACACAAAUCUGAAUCCAAAUUAAAUGAUUCUGAAGUGUUUAAUCAUACAAAAAAAUAAAGAGUUGAUAAAAAUAAAUGUAGAAAAUGCAAAUUAUCAACUAUUCCUACCAUUCUUCAUUUAUUAUAACAAAAUGAUAACAAUGAUGCUAAUUCUAUUAUGACAAUGAAAUCAAUUAGAUAAUAAAUUGCAUAACAAUCACAAAAAAAAGAAGAAUAAUCAGAUUAAAAAAUUCCUUAUAUAGCUUUUGAUUAUUCACAUUAAAUUGUUAUUUGUAAAAGAUGUAGAUUCAAAUUUCAUUCUGAAUGUGUAUAAAUUUAAGGAGCCUUAAAUGAAUGGCUAUGUGAUUACUGUCAAAUUAGAAUAGAAGAAUUAAAGAACUCAAAUUAAUGGGAUUAUAAAAAUUAAAAAUAAAUAAAACAAUUACCAAAUCUAUCAUCAGAAAAUAAAAAAAUAAAUAUGAAACUAUUAGAAAGAAUAUAAAAAAAGAAAUAAAUAUAUAUAAUCUCUGAAUUGAAACCUACUCCAUACAAAUAAUUUAAUUAGAUUACUGAAUUUCUAUAAAAAUAUCCUUUGUAUAAAUCUACUACAACUGGAAAUAUUACUUAUCCUAUUUUAGAGAAUUUAACUACAGAUUAUCCAGAGAUUUUGAACAUCAAAUAAAAACCAAAGCCAUACAUGAUAAAAUCUAAUAUGGUAGAACAAAUAUUGAAGAUUCAAUCAAUUCAUCAAAUUAUUCUACCAAACUCAAAAGCACCUGAAAACUUUACUCAAGAUUAUAUAGAAAAAAACUUUUAUUAUAUACUUAUAAGUCUAAUUACUUAAUAUUUUGAUGAGUUCAUUUUAACAGACAAUCUAUAAUUUUAACAUUAUUGUGAUUAAGCUAAUGUACAUACAACAUCUUAUUUGUAUUUAAUGAAUUAUUUACUAAUUAAUGGUGAAGAUAAAAACUAAGAUUUAUUAAAAAAAACUUGGAAAGAAUGUAUUUUAUAAAUAGAUCAAGUAAUAAAUUAUAAUAACAAUUCAAAAAUUGAUUAGUUAGAUUUAAAUAAUUUAUAGAUUUAAGAUCAAAUUUGUAUAUUGAGCAUUUUAUCAGAAGGUCUUUAUGAUUUGUCUAAAAUGAAGGAUUUGAUUAAAAAUAAAGAUUAAUUCUUAAUUAAAGGUAGUAUUAAUCCAUGUUAAUUAACAUAAGCUAAUCCUAAGAUUCUAUUAUAAUCAAAUUAUUCUCUAUCUAUUAAUGGUGGAACUUAUUUGGGUUAAGAUGCUCUUGGAUAAUAAUACUUUUACUUCACAUUUUUUCCUAGUGCAAUCUUUGUUGAAACUUAAAAAGGCUGGUGUCAAUAUACUAUAUCAGAUUUAAGUGAAUUGAUGAGUUCAUUAAAUUAAUAAGGUAUUAAUGAAUUAGAUUUAUAUUAAAAUCUUGAACAAAUAAAAUAAAUUGAGUUAUUUGAUUCAUCCACUCCAAUCAAAUAAAAAAAUAAACUAGUAUAAAGUAUAGAUUUAUUAAUAAUUAGAAUAGUAAUAUCAAUUAGAUAUUUUAGAAGUGAUCGAUAAGUUUUUAAUUAUUGAAGAAUAAUACACUUAAUUAUUGUAAAAGAAAAAUCUUAGUUGGAUUAAGAAUAAUGAAAAGAAUUAAUUCAUUAACUUAAUUAAAGAUUAAGAUAAUAUAAAAUCGAUCUUGUCUGCUUUGAAACAAUUUUUUGAUGGAUUAAUUUAACCAAUAUCUAGAAAUGGGGAAUUUGUUAAGCCAUUUAAAAUAUUUAAAUUUCAUUUUGUGUUAAUUAAUUAAUUAGCUAUUUAUGUAGAGAAUGCUAAUUCUUUAUCAAAUAUAUAUAUUUCAUUGUUGGUUUUAGAAAGAGUAUUAGAUGAUAAAGAAUAGUAUAUGAAACAAAAAGAAUAAAUGAAAAUAAUAGUAGAAAAGGCAAAAAACAAAAAAGUAAUAAAAGAAGAAUAGAAAAAAUAAUAAAAAAAUUAAAAGUAUAAAUAGGAUGAAGAAUAUUAAGUUGCAACUUAGAAAUAUAAAUAAGUCUAAAAGAAUUCUAAUAAUUAAAAGUAUGAUAUUAGAUAUUUUUAUUAAUAGAUUAUUACAAAGAAAUAAAAAUUAAAAGUAAAUUUCUUGUUUUUCCUGUCAGAAAAUCUUUUAAAAUUAAGAUCCAAUUGAAAAAUGUCUAAAAUGCUUACAGAUGUUUCAUAAAGAAUGUUUCAAAUACAAUAAAAGCCUAUGUUAGAGAUGUUUCUAAAAAAAGAAUAGAAAAUUUAAAUGA